GUUCGUUAGAAUUGUUUACUACAAUUCUACCCCCAGGAAUAUCCAUCACCCUAGCCAAAAUGCGUGAAAUUCUACACAUUCAAGGAGGGCAAUGCGGGAACCAAAUUGGAUCAAAGUUUUGGGAAGUUGUUUGUGGGGAACAUGGGAUUGAUCCAACUGGUGGGUACACUGGAAAUUCAGAGUUGCAGCUGGAAAGAAUUAGUGUGUACUACAAUGAGGCAAGUGGUGGCCGGUAUGUGCCUCGGGCCGUUCUCAUGGAUCUUGAACCUGGCACCAUGGACAGCGUCCGGACCGGCCCGUAUGGGCAGAUUUUCCGGCCCGAUAACUUCGUUUUCGGCCAGUCAGGGGCUGGAAACAAUUGGGCUAAGGGGCAUUACACUGAGGGAGCAGAGCUUAUUGAUUCAGUUCUUGAUGUUGUCAGGAAGGAGGCUGAGAAUUGUGACUGCCUACAAGGAUUUCAAGUCUGUCAUUCACUUGGGGGAGGAACAGGGUCUGGAAUGGGAACUCUGCUUAUAUCUAAGAUACGAGAAGAAUAUCCAGAUCGGAUGAUGCUUACAUUUUCUGUCUUCCCAUCUCCGAAGGUGUCAGACACUGUGGUAGAACCUUACAAUGCUACUCUUUCGGUUCAUCAGCUGGUGGAAAAUGCUGAUGAGUGUAUGGUUCUGGACAAUGAAGCACUCUAUGACAUCUGCUUCAGGACUCUAAAGCUGGCUACCCCAAGCUUUGGGGACUUGAACCAUCUGAUCUCUGCAACAAUGAGUGGUGUAACCUGCUGCUUACGAUUCCCGGGUCAGCUUAACUCUGACCUUCGAAAGCUAGCUGUGAACUUGAUCCCAUUCCCAAGACUUCACUUCUUCAUGGUGGGGUUUGCUCCUCUAACAUCUAGAGGAUCACAGCAAUACCGUGCACUCACGGUCCCUGAGCUGACACAACAGAUGUGGGAUGCCAAGAACAUGAUGUGUGCAGCUGAUCCACGCCAUGGUCGUUACCUUACAGCAUCAGCCUUGUUUAGAGGCAAAAUGAGCACAAAAGAAGUUGAUGAGCAAAUGAUGAAUGUGCAAAACAAAAACUCUUCCUACUUUGUUGAGUGGAUUCCAAACAAUGUUAAAUCUAGUGUUUGUGACAUCCCACCACAAGGGCUUUCCAUGGCUUCAACUUUUAUUGGGAAUUCAACUUCAAUACAGGAGAUGUUCCGGAGAGUGAAUGAACAGUUCACAGCCAUGUUCAGGAGGAAGGCCUUCUUGCAUUGGUAUACUGGCGAAGGAAUGGAUGAGAUGGAGUUUACUGAAGCAGAAAGUAACAUGAGUGACCUUGUCGCAGAGUAUCAGCAGUACCAGGAUGCCACAGCUGAUGAAGAUGAUGUGUAUGAAGAGGAUGAUGGGGACGGUGAGAAUUGAAGGUGUUCAGCUAAUGUGCUGCUAUAUAUGUUACGUGCAGCAAUUAAUCACUAUUGAAAUGUUAUGAGUUUGAGUAAUUCCCUAAAGGCUUCUUCCGUAAAUGCAGCACUAAGGAAGCUAGUAGUAAGCACUUCGUUAGCUAGCCUUUCUAUUGGUACCUUUUGUUACUUUUAUGGAGGGGAAACCCUUUUAUCCAAUUGCUGUUUUUUUUUUUGC